AUGGCCAUGGAAGUACUGCCCCAAUCUUGGACUCUAUGUAUCACUGACAGACCCAGGGACGUGGCGGAUCCCUCCUCGGUCGCCCUCGCACAUAAACACGUUCAAACCCACCUGCCGCCGGUUGGUGGUGUCGUAAAUGGCGCCCUAAUGAUGGGGGACGCUGCCUUCGCCGAUCUGACGCUGACAGACAUGCUCAGGAUCUUCGCCCCCAAAUUAGAGGGUACUCAUCUUCUUGAUGAUCUCUACGGCGGCGUUGACCUCGAUUUCUUCCUGCUGAUGGGCUCGCUGACGGGCCCCUGUGGUAUUUUCCAUCAGACAGCCUAUGCGGCCGCUACUGAGUACAUGGCUGCCCUUGUGCACCAGCGGCACCUCCGUGGACAAGCCGCCAGCAUUGUCCAUCCCUCCCAAAUCCGUGGAGUAGGGUACAUUGCCGGGCUGGAUGAGUCCCUGCGUGACAGGCUUGAACAGGGAAUCGGCCCCCUGUGCCUUUCUGAACGCGACCUGCUAGAAUUAGUCGCCGAGGGCAUUCUUUCUGGCCGACCUGGCUCGGCACGCUCACCGGAAGCCCUGGGAGGCUUUCGCAUGACGGAUCCAAAUGGAUACCCUGAUGUGCGAUGGUACCGCAGCCCCAAGAUGUGGUCGUUCAUCAAGCAUUUCUGUCAGUCGGAAGUCACGACGACAGCGCAUACUGAGGUUACCUUGCGUGAUCAGCUGCUGACCACCGCCAAUAUGCCGGAGGCCACCGAGAUCAUCGCUCACGGUCUGUGUGAGAAGCUACGGCGGAAGCUGUUGCUCCCCGACCAUACCCCGCUACCGACGACGGGGCUCCUGACCAACAUCGGUGUCGACUCACUCAUCGCCGUGGAUCUGCGCACUUGGUUCAUCAAGGAAAUGGGAGUAGAUAUGCCAGUGUUGCAGCUGCUAGGGGGGUCCUCACUGGAGGUUCUGGCGGCCACUGCGGCCAACUAG